ACAUACAUACAUACAUAUAUUUAUAUCAUGAUACAACAGCAACUACAACAACAGCAACAACAACAGUUUACAAAGUCCAGUAAUCAAUAUGUUGACUUUCACUCUGUUGUUGGUAAACUAACCUCUGACUUUGAACAGAGGAUAGAUGAAUGGAGGAAGUGGACAUUCUUAUCAUACUGUUCAUGGUACUCCUUAAUAUACUUUAUACAGAUGACCAUCUUGUCACUUAUACUCUCGAGCAGUACGUUAUCAUG